AUGGCAGACGAUGGAGACGGCCGAAAGUCGGAGAAGAUGUGUGCAGGCUCCACCGCGGCUGGAAAUGACGACCCUGGUCCGGCGCCGGAGACCGAAGAAAAAAAGCGCACAGCCAGAUAUGGGUCGCCGCAGCCGCCGCUGGUGCGAAAAUUGAGGAAAGGGAAAUUUUGGGAGGGGGUUAAUGGAGAGGAAUUGGGGCGUGGAAUUGGAAUUUGGGCCAAAUGGGCCAAUUCCGCCGUUUGGUUUGCGUUCGGAAUCUCCGCGUGGAAACCCAACCAAAUUCCGAGCUCCGAAUCUUCCUAUGCAAAUAGCCAGCCAAACUUUCCGAGCGAGCGAGCUCGGAAACGAGCGAAACGUUUCGCUCGUCACCCUCCCCUCGUCUCUCCCGUCGGGUCCUCUGCCUCAUGCCGUUCGUCUGUCGCCUGCCGCCGUUCCCCCGCCGGUCGCCGCCGUUCCCCGUCGCCCGCCGCCGUUCCCCCACCGCGUGGCCCCGCCGCCCGCUACCGCGUGGCCUCCAAGCUCGGCAUCCCCCGCCGCCGCGUGACCCGAGCUCCGCAUCCCCCGCCGCCGCCGCGUGGCCUCCAAGCUCCAAGUCCCAUCCCCUCCGCCAAGUUCCUCCGCCCCGUAUCCCUCCCCACGCUCGCCGACAACUCGCCGCUGCAUGCCCUCGCGCCCGCCGCCACUCCGGCUCGGGCUCCCGCCGCCUCAUGCCCCUCGCGCCCGCCGCCACUCCGGCUCGGGCCGGCAGCCCCUGUCGCCCGAGAUCCAGCCGCCCGCGUCCCCGCCGCCGGCCGGCUCCUUCGACUGCAGGCCGGCCGUGCCCCGCUCCGGCUCGUGCACCCAGCGCCGGCAGAUUCCCUAGUUUAA